AACAAACGUAACAUUUGUAUUCAGAAGAAAUUUGUUCAACCGAUUGGAUUACUGUGCCGCCGAACAUAAAAUGACUUAUAGUAUUACUUUAGACAUCUCUUCCGAAUCAAAUUCUAUCAACAUUCAUUUGCUUUCUUAUCCUCGCUUAAUUAUUUAUGAUUCUUGACUGACUACUGGAGAAAAAAUAACCCAGCUACUUUGCCAGUUACUAUCCCUUAUUAUUCUUAUCGUUUUUAGGCCUGUACAGUUACUCCGUUGAUUAUUUUCAUCUUGACUUUUCAAACGUAUCAUCUUCAUGAUUUACAUCAAAUCUAUAAUUAUUGUUCAUCAACCCCUCAUUAUUUGACUGAUAUUCUGAUUGAAAUGUAAAACUGGAUAUUAGUGUAGAGCCGAAGACGAGGACCCUAACUUCAAAAGAAUAUAUUUAUUUGUUCAUUUAGUCUCUUUUCUGUAUGGAAAAAGAAACACUAAUACAUAAACAUCUUGACAACAUAUAGAAACGUCUACCAUGAUAGAAUUCAGAAUGACUACACUCUCUUUCUGCAUAUAUUUGUUUUAUCCGACGAAACGUCUGCAUUGAAUCGUAAAGAAAAGAAAAGUCAAUUCAGCGAAGAAAAUUUUCGUUUACGAAGACGUCAUUUCCUAAAGUUGUACAAGUAUAUAUAUAUCACAGACGUACAACAGUCUAUUACUAAACAACUGGUUGUAACUGCUAAAAGCUGAAAUCAGGAAUAAAAAGUAGUUGCAUAAUAACCUUUUAAACAAUGAAAAUAACGAGAAAGAUAGGUAGUUUCACGAGGUGAAAAUUGUUGGCAGACAUGAAACGUGAAGGCUAAGUGUCCACUUGAUGGAUGUAAAUAACAUGACGAAAGAAACAGGGGUCAUAAUGAAGGUGAUAACAGUAAAGUGAUGAAAUCGAUAAAAAAUUACGAAAGUGUAAAAUGAGGGUAAAAUAAGAAACUGAACAUAUUUCUUCUGUUCUCAGAGAUCGGGCUUGAAUCGGUAAACUGCCAGUGCUUCUGCUGUGCACAACUGUCGAAAGCGUACUCCUAGCGGCCUGCUUGAACUCUGGGCUACUGUUUUCUAUCAUCGAGUAUAUUGCAUCAAAUUUCUUAUUUCUAUAUUGUUUUAAUCGUUUAAUUAUGUCAACCAAUCGUAUUGUAUAUUCUCGCGCGUUUUUAAAAUCAUUACAACCUAUCGCUUCGCAAGUUGAUAGGAAAUUUAAGAAGAAGCACCACGGUGGAUGGCAACGAGCUCUGAAGCGUAUGACCAUAGAUCAAAUGACUAUUCCGGAAAUACUUAGCACAAACUGCAGGUCGUUGCCGAAUAAAGUUGAUUACCUUCAGUCACUCUUGUCCACAAAUGUUUAUCGAAACACGGGUGUAAUAAUGCUGCAGGAAACAUGGCUUCAUAAUCUGUAUGAUGAUGACUUAGUCUGCUUAGAUGGUUUCAAAUUAUUUCGACAAGAUCGAAGCUUUUCGAAGAAGAAAUGUGGUGGUGGUGUAGCAACAUUUAUUAGUACUAACUGGUCGUCCUCCAACUAUGUAUGCUUCUGCUUCUCUAACGAAAAAAUUGAGUGCAUUACCAUCAAAUGUCGUCCCAAACAUUUGAGCAAAUACAAAUACAUAUAUAUCACAAACAUGUAUGUCACACCUGACUGCAGUUUCUCAGAUUUGUCAACUUUUGCUGAUAAAUUCACUGAAUUUGCUGCUCCGGUUCUGGGAAACUCCUUGUCUAUUGUCUGUGGUGAUUUUAACUCAUGUGACUACAGUUUUAUAUUAUCAUUGGGUCAUAAAAAUAUGGUUAACUUUUCCACUCGUCUUGACAACACUCUAGACUUUGCAUUUACAAAUGAACCUGGCAUAUAUGAAGCCCGUAAACGGGCUCCACUGCUAAAUUCCGACCACUGUAUCGUUCGUGUUUUGCCUAAAGUGUACGGAAAAUUAUACAAGAAAGCUUUUGCAUACCUUUCAAGGAAAGUUCAAUACAGACGAUAUUCUCAAGAAAAUAUAUUACGUUUGAGAAGCAUGCUUAUAGAAACGGACUGGGAUAUAUUUGCUGAUGAAGUUUUAGACAACACUAUUACCAAUAUCACAAGCUAUCUCAGAUUCUGUCUCGAUAUCUGCUGCCCUACUGAAACAAUUUACAUGAGAUUUGACAGACUUUCCUCUCCUCAUCUCAAGAGGCUUCGGAGAGAAAAGGAAAGGUUGUAUAAGGCGAGAGAUCACCCUGGCGUUAAAAGGCUUAACUGCCUAAUUAAGUCUGAAAUACAACGUCUGAAUACUAUAUACAACGAGAAGUUCUUAUCGUGUAAGAACUCUUCCAAUAUAUGGAAAUUAUUUAAAGAGCUUACUGGUAAAAAACAGAUGACAACACAAACUCGUUCGGAUGUCUACGCGUUAAACAAGUCAUUUAUACGUCGGCAAGCUAAUUUCACCCUUCCUAAUGUGCAAAAUCAAGUGGAUAGCUGCUUUCCAGGUUUCAAUACAAAUGAUGUAUUUAAAUGUCUAAAGUCUUUGAAUCCCUCCCAAAGCUUAGGUCCUGAUGGUGUUUCUAGUAUCAUAUUUAGAAAAUGUGCAGAUAUUUUGUGUCAUCCACUUACAGAUAUCUUCAAUGUAUCGUUCUCUAAAAACAUAAUACCCACUGCUUGGAAGCAGAUAAAAAUUGUACCUGUGCCUAAGCCAUCUUCUGGAUCAGAUGUUACUUUUCGACCCAUCGCUAUAACUUCCCCUUUUCUGAAGACAAUGGAGAAAUUACUUCUGCUUGUGAUUGAGCCUUCAUUGAUGGCCUUCAGAGAUCCAAAACAGUUUGCUUACAAACACCGGAGGAGUACUUUAGAUGCAGCUACUGUCUUGCAUCAUAAUAUUGUUUCUAGUCUCGACAAAGGUGUUAAGUAUGUCCGUUGUGCCUUUUUGGAUUACUCAUCAGCCUUUGACUCUGUUCCUAGACCACUUUUGUUAAAUAAGCUUGCCAUAGCUCACACUGAUCCAUGGGUUACAAAAUGGCUGCAUUCUUAUUUUUCUGAAAGGAAACAGUACACUAUUCAUAAAGGGAUGCGCUCGACUUCAUUGCUUACUGAAGCUGGUGUGCCUCAAGGUGCUGUACUUUCUCCUUUUCUGUUUUCCUUUUUUUGCACGAUUUGCCUUAUUCUGUUGAAACUAAUUUUAUCAAGUAUGCUGACGACCUGACGAUUUCUAUUCCAGUAAACUCUUCUUUGGAUUGCUCGAAAUUAAAUGAAUUCUUGUCUGAAGUUGGUAAAUGGUCUCAAACUAAACCCCUCUAAAUGUCAGACCGUUAAUUUUAGCCUCAGGCGUAAACAAGACUUAUGUGAGCUGCUUAAAUCUCAUGACGCCUGCUGCAUCAAUGGUAUUUCUGCAGAAAGUAAAUCGAGUGUGAACUAUCUUGGGUUGGGUUUUACUUCUGACCUUUGUUGGUCGUCCCAUAUUUUAUUGACUUGUAAAAAAAUCUUUCGUUUAACUUAUUACGUAAAGAAAUUGAGGCUUUCUGGUAUAACUCAACUGCUUCUUUUACAAUUUAUUAAUUCCUGCAUUUUACCUAUUCUUCUAUAUUGUUCCCCAUUAAUCUUUCCUGGUCUUCUUAAAAAGGACUAUGUUAUGUUGCGUAGGGCUUUGAAGACCGUCAGCAGGGUGAGUGGUGUGUCUCUGGCUCAACUGAUUAACACUGUAGUUGAUCGACAUAUAAAUUCCUGCAAGCUACUAGCUACAGAAAUUUUAACUGACAGUGAGCAUCCACUUCAUUUACAGCUCUCUCCAUGUAUCUCCUCAGGGAGGACAAGGAGAAACUACAUAAGACUGUAUGCUCGUACAGCUAAGUAUAAGAAUUCGACUGUACCUUACCUUGCACGCAUAUUUUGUGAGGAAAAAAGUGUUAGAACAGAAAUCACACAUCAACUUUGUGACAGUUAAAAAUCUCAUUUCAAUAAUUUAACUUACAAUGCAAAAUUUUCUCGUUUUUAAUAUUCUUCACAUAACUUAAAUUUUUAUAAUAAAACAAUUAAAAAGGCUGCAAAGUAGUAUGUAUAUACUUAUAUUUUGUUGUUAUUGCAAUAUAUAUUACGCUGAGAAUUCCAAAUUGUACCACAAAUUGUUUGGAAUAAAGUGAAUUAUUAUUAUUAUUAUUCUGAACUGUUCUUUUUGACUGUGUAAAUGAUACUGAAAGAAGGCUGUUGUGGAGCUAUAUGUUAAUCGAUUUACUUUCUCUCCAUGCAGGAUAGUCAUCAGAGAUACAUUUGGAAAGUAUGUGCUCUAUGCUGUCUAUUUGACUAGCAGCUCCACGGGAGCAAGUAAAUUUGUUGACGAAAACUGAGGUGACCCAAAGCUGAAAAUUGUCCUUAAUCCCCCCCCCCCUGGAAUCAAUUGCUGACUACAGAAGCUGAUCUGCAGCUUCGUAGAGAAGAAUGUCUUCUUCAGAGAUUCCGACAGCCGACUUUUCAGGAUCCAUGUUGCUGCAUCAUCCAUUUUGAAACCAACUUUCACAAACAAAAUUUUAUUUGUAGCAGUGGUGAUUGAAAGUGAAACAAAAAUUUGGACUCUGGUAGAAUUUGAACCAGUUACCACUGCGUUUCUGGCUCCAUGCUCUACCGACUGAGCUACUAGAUCCGACUGCUGACCAGAUUUUUACUAAACUUGGUUAUUGAAAUUGAUCAACUUUAAACAUGUACUAAACAAGUGAAGGCUCUAGAAAAUUUGUGUCCAUAUGAGGAAGUGUCCUCAGUAACCCCGUACACUUUAGUGCAGUAAGCAGUGAGACCCAACUGUUGCGUGAAAGCUCCUAAUACUACCAGUAGGGAAGCCAAGGUCAAACCCUAAUACCAAUGAUUAAAAGUCAACUACUUCAAUCAAUGGGUGACAGCUUCACAAUGGGUUCAUAUAGACAAAUUCAAUCUUUAUAAGUAAACCCUAACUUUCUUUUUUGUAUUAUGCCUAAUUACUUUUGUGAAAACCUAGAUUUGUAAUAAUAUAUUCCCCUUCUUGUC